AUGGGAACGCAGAAAAAGGAAAAGCUGAGAAGAACAAGGGAGGGCGACAAACGUGACGGCAACCUCCGGGUGAAGGGAGAAAAUUUCUACCGGGACGCCAAGAAAGUCAAGCAUCUCCAGAUGUACAAAACCGGCCGUGCGGUGCGGAACGCCAAGGGUGAGAUCAUCCGUGCAGCCGCGCUCCAGUCGACCGACGCUCCGAUCGCCCGCGUCGACCCAAACCGGAAGUGGUUCGGCAACACGCGUGUGAUCGCCCAGGACGCGCUUUCGCAUUUCCGCGACGCCAUGGGCGAGCGGAAGCACGACACGUACUCUGUCUUGUUGCGCAGGAACAAGUUGCCCAUGUCCUUGUUGGACGAGAAGGACCAGACCGAGUCGCCCACCGCCAAAAUCAUCGAAACCGAGUCCUACGAACACGCGUUUGGCCCCAAGCAGCAGCGCAAAAAGCCACGUGUGCAGGCCGCGUCCUCAUUGGAGGAGUUGGCCGAGUUGUCGGCCGCGGACUCGCAGAGCUACCAGGAAAAGCAGGACUUGGACGCCACGCUCGGGUUGAUGGGCGGCUCGUUUUUGGACAAGGAUGACUUCACGCAGGAGGCCAAGGAGGCCAUCUUCCACAAGGGCCAGUCCAAACGAAUUUGGAACGAGUUGUACAAAGUCAUUGACUCGUCCGACGUGGUGAUCCACGUGUUGGACGCGCGGAACCCGCUUGGCACGCGGUGUGAGUCCGUUGAGAAAUACAUCAAAGAGGAGUGCCCUCACAAACACUUGAUCUACGUGUUGAACAAGUGCGACUUGAUCCCCACAUGGGUUGCGGCUGCUUGGGUCAAGCAUUUGUCCAAAUCGUUCCCCACGUUGGCAUUCCAUGCGUCGAUCAACAAUUCUUUCGGAAAGGGCUCUUUGAUCCAAUUGUUGCGUCAAUUCUCCACUCUUCACACAGACAGAAAACAGAUUUCCGUGGGUUUCAUCGGUUACCCAAACACGGGUAAGUCUUCCAUCAUCAACACUUUGCGCCAAAAGAAAGUGUGUACAGUUGCCCCCAUCCCCGGUGAGACCAAGGUGUGGCAGUACAUCACGUUGAUGAAGAGAAUCUUUUUGAUUGACUGUCCUGGUAUUGUGCCGCCUAGUAACAAGGACACCCAAUCCGACAUUUUGUUCAGAGGAGUCGUCAGAGUCGAGCACGUGACCAAUGCUGAACAGUAUAUUCCCGAAUUGCUUGAAAAAUGCGAGAGAAAGCACUUGGAGAGAACCUACGAAAUCAAGGGAUGGAAGCGUUACGAGGACGACCCUUCCUUGUUGGAACAGGCAAGCACAGAGUUCAUCGAGCUUCUUGCACGUAAGCACGGCCGGUUGCUUAAAGGCGGUGAACCCGAUGAGGCUUCCGUUGCCAAGCAGGUUUUGAAUGACUUCAACAGAGGUAAGAUUCCGUGGUUUGUUCCUCCACCCAAGGACGAGGAGGUCAGAGAGGGCGAGGAUAAGAAGGCCGAGCACAAGAGAAAGAGAGCCGAAAGAGAGGCCGGCAGAGAGGCUGAGCAAAGUAAGAGGGCCAAGGUUGAAGAAGAAGAAGAAGAGGCCGCCGUUGUCGAGGAGAGCACUGCUCAGGAGAGCGCUGCCACGGGGGAGCAGGUUGACGUUUGA